CAAUUUCGCGUGUGUAUCUCGAGUUUCGUGCCCGUCUCAGUCUCUUCAAAGUCAUGACCUCCACGUGUCGGUUACCCAACCCCCGAGCCCCAGAUAAAUUCAACAAAACCCAUUUCCGAAUCCACUCCGAUUUCACCCCGAAAGCAAACAAGCAAGACAGACACCAUUAGAAAAAUUCUUUGAUCCUGAAAUUCAAUUCAAUUCCAUUAAAAAACAAAACCCUAUAUCUCGUACCUUUUGAAAAGCUGAGAAAGAAGGUGAGUUUAUGUUAGAAAAGCGACUGAGAAAAUCUUUGUGAGUAGUAAAAAAAUGAAGGAAACAACCGAGAUAAUGUGCAAUGUUAUUGAUGUGCAGUAUCAACUUUGCCUGGCUAAAGAUCAGCAGAACAUGGCUCCUUCAACUCCGGUUUUUGAUUCGAUUUCCACAGAAGUCUCGCGUUUUGAGACGUUCGUGGAGUCUUCUGCUGCCAAGCUAUUUCCUCGCAUCCGUUCUGGUAGCUAUGCAGAUAUUGGAACAAGGCCGUCUAUGGAUGAUGAACACGUUAGGAUUGAUGAUCUAUCUGCCCAUCUGGGUUCUUAUUUCAAGUGUCCGAGCUCUUUUUAUGCAGUUUUUGAUGGUCAUGGAGGGCCUGAUGCAGCUGCUUAUGUCAAGAGGAAUGCUGUGAGGUUGUUUUUUGAAGAUGUUCACUUGCCACAAACAUCUGAUGUUGAUGAUGUCUUCCUAAGAGCACUGUUAAAUUCCCAUAGGGAAGCGUUUUUACAGGCUGACUCUGCAUUGGCUGAUAAAAGCAUUGUUAGCAGUUCAUGUGGAACAACAGCGUUGACUGCCCUAGUUCUUGGAAGGCAUUUAGUGGUUGCAAAUGCUGGUGACUGUCGAGCUGUUCUCUGUAGGAAAGGGGUAGCCGUUGAUGUGUCUCAAGAUCACAAGCCUUCUUAUUUGCCAGAACGCAGACGGGUUGAGGAGUUGGGUGGUCGUGUUGAAGGUGAAUAUCUUAUUGGUCCUUCUUAUUUGCCAGAAUGCAGACGGGUUGAGGAGUUGGGUGGUCGUGUUGAAGGUGAACAUCUUAAUGGUCUUUCUGUUACUCGAGCCCUUGGAGAUUGGGAUUUUAAGCUUCCAGUUGGCUCCACAUCACCUCUCACUGCUGAGCCAGAGGUUCAACAGUUUAUGUUAACAGAGGCUGAUGAAUUCUUGAUUAUUGGUUGUGAUGGUAUCUGGGACGUUAUGUCAAGCCAGCAUGCUGUCAGCCUUGUCCGUCGUGGGCUUAGGCGGCAUGAUGACCCAGAACUUAGUGCCAGAGAACUAGUCAUGGAAGCAUCACGCCUCCAUUCAGCUGAUAAUCUCACUGCUGUUGUUGUCUGCUUCACUUCACCUAAUCCUGUUGAGUCACGCGAACCUCAGAGCCGAAGGUUGAGGUGCUUCUGUCUCUCUGAGGAGGCUCGGAGCAGGCUGAAGAGCUUGUUUGAAGGCAAUUGAAUGUGCAUACAAAUUAUUUCACGUUAUUUACUGAUGUUUGGUAUGGUAAAGGAUUUUCAUCUGCUGUGACUGUUUCGGAUGUUUUAGAAAAACAGCCAGCGGUUUUGUAGGGUAGAGGAGCGGGCGGGGUUAGGGUAAUACAUCAAGUGAAAUGCUGGUCUUUGUUGUUUACUGACAGUAGUGCAAGGUUAUUUUGGUUUCAUUGGGUUCCGCUCAAUGCGAUGGUCUGUUGUCUUUUUUCUUUGUUUUCUCUUGUACACAUCAUCUCUGUUUACGUGUCCAUGGGGAUAAUGAAAUGAGACUUCAACUUAUGCGUCA